AUGGAAGGUUUUGGCAUUGACAGGCUGCAGCACAGUGGCGUGAUGAACAGGCUGGGCUUCCCAGAGUUCAAGUACCUGUGGAACAUCAAAAACUGCCACAAUCAAAGAGGAAAUGCGGAUUUCGACAAUUUCAUCAGCCACUUGGGCAUCACCUGGAGCUGGAGCUGUGGCAUGCUGGUAUGGAAGACAACGAACAAGAACAAAUUAAGACAGAAGCCCAGGAAUGUACUUCACAUCGUCAGCCAAAAAGACUUUAAGGCUAAAAACAAAGCAAUACUAGUUACUACUAAUCUUGAGAUAAAAAUUGCAAAUGAAGACAAAGUUAAGAGUGAAAAAACUUUUAUGGAUACACAAAAGGAAUCUGCACACUACUCAAGGGGCCCUUCUCUGGAACCUCUGCACAAAAAGCUGACUCCUCCGCGGGGUCAUGAAAAUGAACCCAUUAAUGAUGAACCUACAAGAUGA